UCGGCUACUGACAACGUUGCGAUGCCUCCCCAGCCCAGCGGUAAGGCCGUGAAGAAGGCCGGCAAGGCGCAGAAGAACGUGCGCGCCACCGACAAGAAGAAGAAGAAGCGCCGCAGGAAGGAGAGCUUCUCCAUCUAUAUCUACAAGGUGCUGAAGCAGGUGCACCCGGACACUGGAGUCUCCAGCAAGGCCAUGUCUAUCAUGAACAGCUUCGUGAACGACAUCUUCGAGCGCAUCGCCGCGGAGUCGUCCCGUCUGGCUCACUACAACAAGCGCUCGACCAUCACGAGCCGGGAGAUCCAGACUGCCGUGCGUCUGCUGUUGCCCGGCGAGCUGGCCAAACACGCCGUGUCCGAGGGCACCAAAGCCGUCACCAAGUACACCAGCUCCAAGUAGGCGACCGAGCGCUCGUCCGCCCAGCCCACACCCAACGGCUCUUCUCAGAGCCACCCAAAGUGUCUGCAUUGGCAUUGGGAUGUAGUGAGAAUCUCGACAAUUCCGUCCGUUCCCUCUGUUCGACGCUUCCUCGUUUAGGGACAAAAAAAAAAAAAAAACCCGACGCGCGCUGUCGGACAACGCGUUCUCAUUGCUCAUUGCGACAGCGCGUGUGUGCUAAAAGUUUUGUAGCAGAAACGCACAGAACGCCAUGCGCUCAGCA